UGGUGAGGAGGGGGUUGCAUGGGAAUAGCAAAGGGACGCGACUUGCAUGGUAGGAAUUAGGUGGCGGGGCAAGAUGGCUAGCACUGUAAGAAUUGAGGGGAGCAAGGAGACAGACAUUCGGAGAGCAUUCCUAAAAUUCUAUAUUGUGUCUUGCCACUUCCAAGAUGAGCCGGUUCCUGAACGUACUUCGUAGCUGGCUAGUUAUGGUGUCCAUUAUAGCCAUGGGGAACACAGUGCAAAGCUUCAGAGACCACGGCUUCCUUUCUGAGAAACUGUACACAGGCAAGCCAAACCUCGUAAAUGGUCUCCAAGCUCGAACCUUUGGCAUUUGGACCUUAUUGUCUUCUGUGAUCCGCUGCUACUGUGCCAUUGAUAUCCGCAACAAGACCCUCUAUAACAUCACACUUUUGACCUUCUUCAUUGCCCUGGGCCACUUCCUCUCUGAGGUGUUUAUUUAUGGCACAGCAGCUGCAACGAUUGGUGUCCUGGCACCCCUAAUGGUGGCAAGUUUCUCCAUCCUGGGGAUGCUGAUUGGGCUACAGUAUCUGGAGGUAGAAGCCACAUCACAUAACAAGAAGCAGAAUUGACAUUACAGCUCCUGUCCUCUGAUCUGCCCACCAGUCAUCUUCUAGUGUCUACCAUACUAUCUUCCUGAUCUUCUGUUCUCAGCCUGUAUUGUACAAGGCAGUCAGAAUAUUCUUGGAUUUCCCUGCUGGUUAUUUUUGUUCCCAUUUGAUUUUUAUAUGAGCAGACAAUGGCAGAAAGGUAGUUUUGAACAGUUGCUCCAAACUGGGUAUGGGAAGCAGUAUCUUAAAGCAUCAUGAGAUUGGGUGGUAGAAAGGCCUCACAAGUUGUACCAAGUGAAGGUUAUAGAUUCCCUCCCCUGACAUACUGACAGCAAAUAAUAGAAAAAGCAGUGUUGCCCAAAAUUUGCUGAGGGAGGGCAUGUCAAUAUCUCCAUGGCACUCUUGAGUAGCUCCGUGACACUCAGCACAGUUGUCUUUAAGGGUGGUUUGCCAUAAAUGAAAGGGGUGUGAGGAAGAAGAUUCAGAUAAUCCCUCAUGCCUGAGCUUAGCCCAAAGCACCUUAUACGUUCUUCUUCCUGAAGACUAAAGAGCGAGCCUUGGCCCUUUUUUCCCUUAAUGGACUACUUGUUUAGGUAACUGCUUUCUUCUGUCUUCUAGUUCCUGUUCCUUUUUUCUGAAGAUAGCACAAUUCAUUUAAUUGCUGUUCUUUUGUGAAUAUAUAUGAGAACUGGAACAGUCUAGGCAAAGGAACGAAAUGUACAUAACAAGCCAAUAUAUAUAUAUUAAAAAAAAUAAGGCUUUGGAGUGACAAUUCUUGUUUAAAAAAAAGGGCUGCCAAGGGCAUAGAACAAAUAAGUAGCUUCUACUCCUGUAGAAAGAGGCCAACAUGUCAUUGUGAUGACUGCUAUUGUGGUUGUACAAAGUCCUAUCUGGUUCUGUCUUUCCACAAUGGAAUGGACAUUAGUAAUGAAAUGGAUUCUCCCUCUGAUCCUAUAGCCUCCUACAUAGUCACCAAAUUUUGUUUUUAUCUGUUUUUAUUCUAAUUUUUAAAUUGGUGGUUUUAAUGGCUUUUACAUAUUCUUGAUUAUUACUAUGUAUGCUGCCCAGAGUAACUAUGUGAGAUGGGUAGCUAUACAAAUGUGAUUAAUUAUCUGGAACAGAUUUGGGAAAUACAAAGAACACAGAAGAAUGCAAUCCUGUAUUGCAUGAGCAAAAGUCUUCUCGUUUCAGAUGGAAGUAGCCCACAAUUAAGUAUUUAUCUACCUCUCUUUACCAGAGUACCAUAUGUUAACGGACUGUCUUCAGCUUGGGCAUAUUUUGGCUGUGAGAAUGUCAUCUGAAAUAGCUAGGUGGAACUGUAUUAAUACCAAUUACACUAGCUGUCAAUUUGCUACCAAGCCCAAAGUUUCAGAUUCAAAUACUUGAAGGAGUGGUUUCUCCUAUGUUUAUCUACUUGUGCAUUAUCUUCAGAUGAGACCUUUCUCUUUCAUACCUAAAGAGAUAUAUCAUACAUCCAAGACAGAGAGGGCCUUUUGGUGAUGGCAUCCUUUUCAGCAGUGCACUGUGGAGGUACAGUUUACAUCAACAUGGUAUUAACAUGUUUUAUUUCUCCAGCUAUCUUAACUUGAAAUCAUUCUUCGCAGUUGGUUGAAUGUGUCUCUCAAUUAUACUAAUGUUUGUUGCUUU